AUGACAGAUUUUGGGAGGAACUGGAUCGAGAAAAAGGAAGAUGGAACCGAAUCAUGCAACACGGAAAUGAUCAGCGCUACCACUUUUGCCAUUGCAGGCGUUUGUCUCAUCUGUAAAAUAACAGCAACUGCACCACGUCUCAAACGACAAACGUAUGUAUAUGAUGAAUCACUGAGGCAACACGCCAGACCGCAUCCACGAACGCGGAUUAUAACCGGCACAGUGGGUCGAUACGCACCACAGGAAUGGCCCGGAUGGUAUACGCGAACGUUAUUCAAAUGGAAUGGUGAAGUUCGCAUGGGGCCCUAUCAUCCAAACGAUGUACGAUAUGACGGAUAUCAGCGUGCACGAUUCCAGACAAUGAAUUCGAAUAUACGGCGGUUGUAG